ACGUGUUUAUCAUGAAAAGGGCGCUAUAUAAAUCUGGUAUAAUAAUAAGAAGAAGAAGAAGAAAAAGAAGAAGAAGAAAAAGAAGAAGAAGAAUUGUUGUGUUGUUUUGAUCCAUGAAAUGGUCAUAUAGGUUUCUGAUUUAGAUGAAAAGGUCAACAAUGAAGAUGCAUAAAGGGCAAAAACAAGCAUUUAAAAUAAUAGACUUAACUAAGUACAUGUAAUUACAUAAGAGUUUUUUUUUUUUUUUUUUUUUUUUUUUUUAAUUAGCCUAUAUGAUUUAAAUAUCAUAAAAUAUCUUCAUAUUACGUGUUUUCUUUUCAGAUACUUUCAGAUUAUUAAAUUACAGUUUAGAUAUAUAUCUCGCUAGUGUUUAACUGUUUUUAUAUUUGUUUAACGUCAGUCUACUGAGAAAAGGAGACUGUAUUGUUAAGGGUUUGUAUAAAUUACUUUAUAUCAGACAGUCAAGACGGUAUUAUAGAUCAGUUAAGUUUCGUGUACAUUGAAAUGACAGCUAAAACAGAACUACACGUCAGAUUAGAAACAAACUAUAUUUUAAGAUGCGGUUAUUAUAGGUUAAAAGCAUUUGACUUUAGUGUUAAAUAGGGACAUGAUCUAUUACGUCUGUGACAGGACUGUUCAGCCGGCUUUAUCAAUGUCGAUAUUCAGUUAAAUGCUGGAUAAUUUCAAAGAAAGGAUUAUCAACAAAAAUACAAGAAGAAGGCGCUUUUCUUAACUAAUGUGAGUCUUCAACGUAUUUUAAACAAUGGUAAAAAACAGCAGAACAGUUUUCUUUUUUCUGGUUCUUCUUUACCUACAUACCGAAUACGGAGAUUUGGAAAAACUUAACAAAAAAAGCGCAAACUUUGUCUGUGAUUUCAAUAACAGCACUUUAACUCUAGUCAUAAGGAACGGUUUCAAAGACGAACAGGUUAUAAAAUGCUUAGAGGCUUAUAACACUUCAGAAACAUUAAUCUUUAGCAACAGUAGAUUGAAGAGAAUUCCAGAAUAUUUAGAUAUACUAAAAGGGCUUGUGAAUUUAGACUUAUCACAGAAUGAAAUAACCGCUGUUUCAUUUGAUACAUCGCAACAGAUGUGUAACAAUUUGAAACAGCUUGUUCUGGAUGACAACGAUAUUCAUGUAUUACGAGCAGGAAAUCUCGAUUGUUUAGAAUCUCUAGAGAAACUUUAUCUUGCUAACAACAAUUUAUCAUUCAUUGAAAAUGGAACGUUUAGUGUCAAAUUAAAGGCGUUAGAUUAUGUACAUCUUGUUAAUAAUAAUCUGACAAUUCUUGACUCCAGUAUAAUGAGUAAAGUUUUAUUGUCUAAUAAGACACGCAUUACCAUAAACGCUUCACGGAAUAGUAUAACUGGGUUCACAAAUUCAAUUAAUAUCACCAUAAACGACAUUCAUAAAUCAAUUGCAUUCAAGGGCGUUCUGACUCAUAAUAAUAUCACAACCUUGGACACGAAUUAUUACUUUAAAAUGUUUUCGGUUACACGACCAUUGAUACAGCUGCUUAACAUGUGGAACAGUGGAUUCGACGCACGUUUUAACCCUUUUAUAUGUGAUUGUGCUAUCUUUCCCCUAGCCAUAGCGCUUAGAAAGCUUCAUUCAAUGGAUCCGGAUAAUCCAGACUUUUCAAUAACAUGUGGAACCCCUAAAAGUCUGGAGGGGAUGUUGGUUCGCAAGGUUCAUGCUGACCAAUUUAACUGUUCAGUUACACAUGGUUGUCCAGAUUCCUGCACUUGCUUUAAAACUAUUGCUCUCGGCCUCAUCACCGUGGACUGCAGUAAUACAUACCAUUUAGAUGAUCUACCCAUGACAUGUCCAGUAGCAGAUAAGAUAUACAUUAAUAUUAAAUCCAAUGGUAUGGUUCAGCUCUCCUCAAGAGCAUAUCUUCGCAAUGUGACUGUUUUUGAUGUCUCACAAUGUGCAAUUGCCGAUAUAGAUCCAUCCAUCGCCAAAGCACUAGAAGGCAGAAUUAACACAUCAAUAUACUUGCAUGAUAAUAAUUUGGAAAACAUUCCAAAAACAUUCGAGAAGUUUAAUUUUAGUAAAGGACAAGUUUUAACCAUUGAUGGAAAUCCAUUCAACUGCGACUGCCAUACAUUAUGGAUGAAACAAUGGCUUCUGUCAAACAAAAAUCACAUUUAUCACCAAGAUAAAAUAGUAUGCGCAACUGGACCUGGAAAAGGUAAGCCAAUGGUUGAAGUUCCGGACAGCAAGUUUGUUUGUCAAACAAGUCUUACAUUCGCUGAUAUAUUAUUCAUUACCGUUGGAUCACUGUUAGUUUGUGUUAUAAUAGUAUCAGUCACUGUCUGCAAAAUAAACAGCAUCCAAGUUUUUAUGAUAUCACAUUUUGACAUAUGUAGAUACUGUUUCCGGAAGAGGAAACAUCGGCGUUUACGUUAUGAUAUCUUUAUAGCACAUUCGUGUGAAGACGACAAUAUAAUUCACGAUAUUGUAGAUAAUCUAGAACAUCAUGAUCCGCCAUAUAAAGUGUGCAUUGGUGAGAGAAACUUUGAACCUGGUAAAACCAUAUCUGAAAACAUACUCGAUGCAAUAGAAUCUAGUCAUACGAGUUUACUCGUCAUCUCAAACAAUUUUCUAAGAAGUGCUUGGUGCAACAUGGAAUUCCGAGAGGCCCACAUGAGAUUCCUAAGGGAUAGGAAUAUAAACAUGGUGCUGAUUAUCUUAGAGGAUCUAGAUACGUCACUUGUUUACAAGGAGUUGAAAUUAUACUUGGGAACGCAUGUGUAUAUAAAAUACAGUGACAAACACUUUCGGGCAAAACUUUUGCAAAGUCUUCCCAUAAUGAUUACAAGCGAUAUUGCUCUCGACGAAACAUCACCACUAAUUUAAAAGUAUUCCUAAAACAUUUAAAUCGUUUAACGGACAAGUUUUAACCAUCGAUGGAAAUCCAUUUACAUGCGACUGUCAUACACUAUGUAUGAAAAAAUGGCUCCUUUCAAAUAAAGAACACGUUUACAACCAGUAUACAAUUAUAUGCGCAACUGGACUUGGUAAAGGUAGAGCAAUCAUUAUGAUAGAAGUUCCAGACAAUAACUUUUGUGCCAAACAAGUCUAAUUUUCGUUGACAUGCUAUUCAUAACAAUUGGAUUGUUGAUUGGUAUUAUUUUACUGUUCUCAUUUGAAGCCUGCAAAAAAAAUAACAGCCAAGCUUUUUUAUGAAAUCAAAUUGUAAAAUGCAAAACCACUUCUCGGAAGAGGAUACGCCGGUGUUUGCGUUACGGUAUCUUUAUAGGGCCUUCAUCCCAAGACAAUGGAAAUGUUGAAAAAAAUCGUUAAUUAUCUGAAAGGUCAGGAUCCGCCAUAUAAAGUGUCCAUUCAGGAAGAAUUUCGUCCAGGUACACCUUUUUCUGGACUUAAUGAUGUGUUGAAAUCCAGUCAUAUAACUAUAUUCGCCAUCUCAAAUGAAUACUUGAGAAACUCUGUGCACGUUAUCGAAUUCCGAGAGACCGAAUUUAAAUUCCGUCAAAGAAAAAUAGAUACAAUGGUGUUAAUUACAUUAGAGGAUCUAGAUAGUAAUCCUGUUACCCCGGAAUUAAAACCAUACUUGGAAGCGCAUGUAUGUAUAAGAUAAAGUGACAAACAUUUUUGGGCAAAACUUUUAAAGCGUCUUCCUAUCAUGUAAACAGUUAUACACACCCCUAUAUUUCCAGGUGGAAGGCUGUAUUGGCGGCUGUGUUCUUUGAAUGCGGCUUUUCUUGUUGGGCUUUUGUUUUUGUUUUUCUCAAAUUUGUUCAAGAGAAUAUUUUAAGAGGAGCUUCUUUCAUUAAACGGAAUAUGAAAUAUGUAACAAAGUCUCUAUUUAGAAAGACCUAAAUGAAACCUUAAAUGUGGGAGAAAAAAAACUGAAUAAACAUGAAAGAAAUGUUAUCAAUGUAACGGAUUACAUUACACAGCAGCCAUUUUGACCAAAUUGGCGACAUCUUUCGUUACUUAAAUAGAAAUGGCAAAAGAAUGUACACACAUUAAUUUUCAAACAUACAUAACCUACACAAUAUGAUUUUCUUGCUGUUAUUCAUUGAUUAUCAUAUAUGGUUAUGUCCAUAUAAAAAGAUCAAUUACGUCACUGUAGCCAAAAUGAAAUGGCAAUAUUUGUUUUGUCUGGUGUUUGAUUUCCUGAUUCGCUAUGACCAUUUUUAUACUCCCGUUGUGAAAAUAAAAAAAAUCGUAUAGAAUGACAUUGUCUGUCCGUUCAAUAGGUCACAGUUACAUGUAGACUGAAGAUUCAGUCUAAAAAGAUUCCUAUUGAUUUAGGGGUCAGUGGCUUAAAGGUCAAUGUCAACUAAACCUGUCUUAAUUUUAGUUUUGGUUUCAUUUCCUGGCCCUUUGAAAGUAAACUAGCUAAAGUUUUGAAACCUUACAUGUUGACUAAGCACCACGUAGAGUGGAUCCCUUUUGUUCUGUUGGUCAACAAGUCAAAGAUCAAUGUCAAUGGAAUAAAAUACUUUUAGAUCUAUUCUCGAUAUUGCAUCUAUCUAAGUAUCCCUAAUCCAGACAUAUUAUCCAUCUCAGUCACAUCCCCUGUCUGUUUUUCUAUUUUCAGUAUUAUACCGCAUUGUCUAAAUUCAUAUAGAUUUCGUGAGGGAAAUUAAGUAUCAUUUUUAGUUGUUAAAUUGUUGUGUAUAUAUAAAUUUCAAUAUUAAUUUUUCCAAAAUUAACACUUUUCGUGUUUGUCGCUGUAAACAUUGUCAAUAUGAGAAUGACUUUUGUAAAUCAUUUUCAUUUUUAUGUAUAGGAUAUAAGACGAAAACAAUCCAAUAUGUAAAAUACUGGACUGUUCUUCGGACCAUCCAGUAUUUUACAUAUAUGAUCGUUUGAGACUUGUAUCUGGUUUAAAACAUUGCCUUUUAUGACAAAACCAAUAAAUAAGUACGUAGAAACCAUUGACGUAAAAUAUUCAUGAAUUAUUUCGGUUUUAUAAACUUAUCCAUUAAUAACAGUUGUUGUUUGAUUAUGAAAUACUCUGUAGAUCCUCAUGACUUUUUUACGCACGCAUUUCUCAUAAUGCACAAUUGCGCUUUUCUCGUGUUUCCUUUCGUAAUAUUGGAUUCUCGUGUUGCUACUUGUUGUGUUAACUCGUGUACGGAAUAAUCAAUUUUAUCUUAUCGGGUGAGCUUCAAAGGUAGCAUUCUUACGAGUGGCGGAGCGAAGAAAGAAAUUUUGUGACAUUUCGGUAUCAAAUGCUUAUUUCAAUUCCUCCUUUUGUUCCUUUUAUUAAAGCGUGUACAAAGAAACAUUUUCUUGUUCCAAUUAGCCAGGGAUAAUGUUUCAUUAAAAGCCUAGUUGGAAUCGGACAGCCGAAGAGAAUUUACAACCGCGGACAUGUACACUGGAUGAGAAAAUGGGUUAUUUGUUUACCUGCUUGGCAAUAAACUCUUUUUGUGAUUUAUUAGUUCAAUGACAGGUUUUGUUGUGCUGUACAUGAAUAUGCCCAAAAAUCUUCAAAUUCAAUGCAAUGACUUACAGAACAGACCCUUUCAAUAUGUUAUCGGACAUAGCUACUGGUAAGUCCAAACCAUACUAAAUGAUACAUUUUAGUUUCUGUUAGUACACGGCGCAUAGCGAGGCGGAAGCUGAAAACUAAGGAAACCUAGUUUCAAUAAGAAUUUGAUUUGUACUCCCGAAACUACUCUUACCGCAGUUAUUAUUGCAAUGGGUGACAUUGUCUGAAGCACACUAUGAGGAAAUGUAAUUAAAUACUGUUAAGGUAGUCCCAACUGGAAUGCUGUAAAAAUGCAUUUGAUAUUUUUCACUUUGAAUUUAUCAAAUGUAUCUUUAAUAUCUCAGUAUUUCAUCCAAAAUCAUAGAUUGAAAUAGAAUAUCAAUUCCAAAACAUUGUCACAAAACUAAGGUUCAUGUAAGUGCAUCUGUUUAAAACUGGGGCACCUUAUUUGCAGAUUUGUUUACUUUUUAAAUAGGCAGUCUGAACAAUUGUGAGCAAAUGCUUCAGUCACAAGAAAUGAAGGCGGUUUGAUUUUUAAGGUGUGCUAUGAACGUUUAUAUUUUGAAAGGAACACGGAAGUUCUCAUUUUGCAUAAACGCAUAAUUUGAUAGGUUUCUGUUUCAGGCAUUAAAGGCUUAAAAUAUGUUUGCUAGGGCACGCAGGCCAAUAUCAACUUAAAUGGGCUCACAAAAGAAAAGAGUGUGUGUUUUUAUUCAAUAUUGAAAUCACGAUGUUUUCGACAGGACAUUUAGUGUAUAACAACUUGUGUGAAUUAGAUUUGUUAGGAGGACCUAGAAUAUUUAUUUAAAAUACACUAGUCGUUUACAUUAUUAAACAUUUAUCGUUUUGAAUGGUGUAGUUAGAAAUUUUUAUGACAUUCGAUAGAAAGCCCACUUUUGUGCUUCACCAUUUCCACAGUAUUAUGUUUGAAGGUACAUUGAAUGAUAUACAAAAUGUACUCAAAUAAACUGAACAUAACGGUAUAUAAAUCUUAUGGUUAAUGCUAAACAUUUCUCGUGAAAAUCAAAACAAAAAUACAAUAUGUACAUUCAGAAACGUGCAUGAAUGCCAUGAAAGCAUUAGUUUAGAUUUUCUACCAUGUUCGGAUAAAUUCGGAAAUGUUGACUGUGACAUAACAAAACUGAACUAUGUAUGAGGAUGCAAUUAUCCACUCAACUUUCGUAAAUUAUUACUUAUUAUUAUUUCUGUGACUGAAAUACUGUUAAAAAGGUAGUUAAAUGUAAAACAAAUAGUACCGAAUUAUAAUGAUUGAUUUGUUUUCAAUUAAAGGUAGUACCGUACCAUAGUUAAUCUUUUUCUUUUAAAGUUAAUGCAAGCAGUAGAUAACCACAUCGGUCAAUAUAGGGGACUUUGAAGUAUAUGACUAGCAGGCCCUCCUUCGUCGCGAAAUCUAUAACUUUGCUACAGUAGAGCCUUUCAGAAUUAUCUUCAUUGGUCUAAUUAAACUGUUUUUUCAUGCAGGGAGGGAUCAAAUUCUUGCACAAUCUUAAGACUGGAAAUUAAAACAAUAUUUUUCAAGGGAAGUGGUUACUCUAGUAAGGUGUUGUUUAGAGAGUAAGACUGCGUCGACUCAUGCAAAAAAAAACAUAAUGUCAUUUUAAACAUUUUGCUAUUACUUCCAUAUUCAUAAGGCAUCUAUGCAUAAAACUUUGUUUUGAUAUCAAAUAUCAUUUUUAUUUUCAGUACUGUUUUAUAAUAUUGGACUGCUUUCACUGGAUUACAGUAAUGUAUAUGUAUGGAAUCCAGCUAUUUAAAGAUAUUACUAUAGACCCCUAGUAAAUUGAAUGUGUAUAUUAAUCGUUUUCCUCGUGCAGUCCAGUAUCUAAUAAACAGUCCAAUAUUAAACAAAUAUUGGACUCAAAGUAGAAAAUAUAGUACUGAGUCACAUUGAAAUAGUCCAAUAUUAAGUUUAUUUAUUUAUAUGUUGUGUUUAACGUCGCAUCGACACAAUUAAUAUGGCGUCUUUUCAACUUUGAUGGGGGAGAAAGACCCCAGGUGCCCAUCCAUGCAUUAUUUCAUCACGAGCGGGCACCUUGGUAGAACCACCGACUUUCCGUAUUACUAAGCUAGCUCGAUGGCUUCCUCACACCAAGAAUUCAACGCCGCGAGUGUGGUUCCAACCCAAGUC